AUGCUAGGCACAAAUAUAUUCGUACUAUUGUCUGUCCUAUUCAAUUUGACUCUCAGUUUCAAUAUUGAUGCCAAUGUAUUAGGCAAAGAUGAAGACAUUGCAGUAGAUCCAGAAUAUCGCGGCCAGUAUAAGGGUAUUAAUAUUGGUGGUUGGUUAGUGACUGAACCUUACAUCACUCCAUCACUGUACGAGAACGCCAUGGAUCUGGCAAAGAAAAAAGGUUCAAACGUAACUAUUAUUAACGAAUACACUUUGUGUGAAGCAUUGGGAUACGAUGAUGCCAAGGAACUGUUAGACAAUCAUUUCAAAAGCUGGAUUACUGAAGAAGACUUUAAGAAGAUUAGUGAAGAAGGGUUCAACUAUGUCAAGAUUCCCAUCGGGUACUGGGCGUGGAAAAUUGACAACGAAACAAAUUUGUAUCCAGGGAAUCAGACUUUCAGCGACCCUUACGUGAAUAGCAAUCAAAAGGAAUAUCUUGACAAGGCUAUAGACUGGGCAUUGAAAUAUGAUCUCAAGGUAUUGGUCAACGUAUAUGCAGUUCACAAUUCAACAAAUUACAUAGAUGAUUUUGAUUCUGAUAGUUAUUACUUUUGGAAAUAUGAAAAUGCAACGGAAGUAAUUUCUGUAAUUCUAAAAGAUUAUUAUGAUUAUAUGUUAAAUAUAGAUUAUCCAUCUUCUCUGGUCGGACUUGAGGUAUCAUUUACCCCAAUAGAUGGUAUAUUUUUUGGGCAAAACGAUUUAAUCGACUUUUAUACAGAUCUCUUUGACUACUAUGAAAGUGCAAAGGAAAGUAUCAAAAGCCCUAAUCCAAAUAUAACCUUUAUCCUUGAGCAAAAUGGCCCAACAUACAACAUGACGUAUCACGACUUGGAUCGUGACUUCUAUAAUAGUUCGAGUCCUUAUUACAAAGGAGUUGGUUAUAGAUCAGAUGCACGUCUAGCUGAAGCCGAUGAUUCAUAUUUCCUAUAUGCAUAUUCAAAAGAUAUUUUUGAUCAAUAUAAUGGUACCGAUGAAUAUCUCGAUGUAUUAUAUAACUAUCAAAGGAAUCUAACUGGUGAGCCUGACUUUCCUAUAACUUUCGUAGGUUCCUGGAGCGGUGCAUUGACUGAUUGCACACCUUGGAUUAAUGGUAUAGGUUAUGGGUCAGACUAUGAUAAUACAUAUGAUGAAGGUGACAAUGAUCACUAUAGUGACUAUAACGAAGGUUAUACUUGUGUUUCUCAAAAACCUAUUGACCAGUGGCCUGAAGAAUACAAGGUUCAAGUUAGAAAGUUUAUCGAAGUUCAAUUGUCAAGGUUCAAUACUUAUAAUAAAGGUUGGUUUUUUUGGAACUGGAAAACCGAAAGUGCACCUGAAUGGGAUUACCAAAAACUGAGAGACCAUAAUUUAUUCCCACAUCCAUUUGACAAUUUUACGUAUUACAAUACGAAUGGUGAUUUGAACUUGGCUGGUUCUGAUAACAACAGUUCUCCUUCCUCGACUAAAACAUCACUUAAUACCUCAUUGAGCGUUCGUAGUAGUGUUGUAAGCUCAUACAAAGCCACUACUUCCAAAACAACGAGCAAGACAGAUAGUUCAAGUAUCUCCAUGUAUGGUGGUAAAACUAGCUCAACCAGCUCCACAAGUUCCACCAAUUCCAACAGCACAGCGGCUUCACACAAGAACGGGACGUGUGCUAUUAAGAGUUUUAGUAUUUUAACUUCAAUAUUCUCUUGGAGUUUGACGCUGAUUAGCUUGACUUGCGGUAUAGCGUUAUUUGUUUAA